UUUAUUUCCCCCCGAGUCCGGGAAAUCCACAAGAAAUUAUAGUGGCUGAGAUUUCUCCUGGCCUUCCCCCAGAGCGUGUGAGAGAGAAAGCGAUGCCCGGUCACUGGCUUUAAGCCUUCCGUUCUUCUCCGAGAAGCUUCCGCGAGACGCCAUUGCCGCCGACCUCUCUCUCUCUCUCUCUCUGUCUCUCUCUUUUUCCCCCCUCCCUCUUCUUGAAGAGAGUUUAGUUUACCCACCUCUAGAUUCGAUCGCUGGUUAGUAAGAGAUGUGGGGGGGUUGUGGCCUGUGGGAGAAGGAAGAAGGGAUAAUGUGCAGGCGUUCUUGAUUCGCCCAUGGCGGUGCCCGAGACCUUGACGACUGGAUUGAUUCGGUUUGGUGAGGAAUUUGAUGAUUUUGUUGAGCUAUGAGGUACUAUUUCCGGCAAAUGGAGCGACUGGUGGGAGACAUGGAGGGAGGAUUGCUGCUGUUUGUGGAUGAUUUGAACUCGAAGUGAUCUGUGGUUAUUUUCUUCUGUUUGCUCUGCGGAAAUUAGGAGUUUUGGAAAUGGAAUCAAAUUCCUUGAGGGAAGAGUUGGUUGUGAAGACUAGGAAGCCUUACACGAUCACGAAGCAGCGAGAGAGGUGGACAGAGGAGGAGCAUAACAGGUUCCUUGAAGCUCUGAAACUGUAUGGGAGAGCUUGGCAGCGGAUUGAAGAGCAUAUAGGAACAAAGACAGCUGUGCAGAUUAGGAGUCAUGCACAAAAAUUCUUCACAAAGUUGGAAAAAGAAGCUGUGCUGAAGGGCAUUCCUCCAGAACAAGCUCAUGACAUUGAUAUUCCUCCCCCAAGACCCAAAAGGAAACCAAGCUCUCCAUAUCCUCGGAAGAGUUGGGUAGGUUCUGUCUCUCCAACUGGGGGUGCAAUGAGCGACAAAUCAUCAAAAUCUGUUUCUCUUGUGAGCACCAAUAAACAAGUCUUGGACAUGGGAAGUGAAGCACCUCAAAAGAAAUUUGCUGCAACUGUAACAUUGCAAAAGAAAGAAGUUUCUGAAGACAGAAGCUGCUCAGAAGUUCUUAACUUCUUUCAUGAUGCUCCGUCUGCUUCCAUCUCUUCUGUGAACAAGAGCUCUUCAAAUCCUUAUACGUACAUGGAGUUUGUGCCCAAGAUGAAAGAAAUAAAAGAGAGUACAACAGACAAAUCUUCUGCCUCUGUUGAAGUGAAUAAGGAUCUAAACAUAGAUGGCACAGCCUAUACCGCUCAGGAAAUUCAGAGACCUGAAGGAUUUCACAUGGAUUCACAAACAAAUUUAGCUCGUGAAAAGGUUGCAGAUACAUCAAAGCAGCAAGAGAACCUUGGUUCAUUAUUAAGGGACAAUAUGCAAGGCAAUUGUAGCAACUCAAAACAAGUUCCUGUGCAUUUAUUAGACAGAAGUGGUAAAGAAGUCGAGCAGACAACAGACUCUGAUGGACAUAAUUUCACAGCAGUGCCUGGCCACGUGGGAGGAGCUCAAGAAAAUUCCAAGUCAUUCAUCAGUCCUACGGUUUCUGCCACACCAAAGCUCCACAACAGUUCUGCAAUGCCUUGUAUUCACCAAUCAUUUCCUGCUUUGCCACCUUUUACCAUGUUCCACGGCAAUCAGGAUGCUUAUAGGUCAUUCCUCAACCUCCCAACCACCUUCUCUAGUCUCAUCAUGUCUACCUUAUUACAAAAUCCAGCAGUUCAUGCAGCAGCCAGCCUGGCAGCAUCAUUCUGGCCGUCUGCAGAUGUGGAUUCUUCUGCUGAUUCAACUCCAGAAACCCUAUCUGGGGGAUUUCAAGUAAGGCACACGAACCAUUCUCCAAGCCUGGCAUCUAUUGCUGCUGCUACAGUUGCAGCUGCAUCAGCAUGGUGGGCAACUCAAGGCCUAUUACCAUUAUUCCCUCCUCAAAUUGGUUUCACAUUUAAUCCAGCACCCACAACCACAAUUCCCACAUUGACUGCAGCCCAGGCUCCAGAAUAUAAGACAGAAGGAAAAGAAGUCACAUUUCAGAAUCCUGUAGCAGAAGAUCAAGCUGUAAAUCCAGAUCAAUCUAUGGCUUUAAAUACACGUCAUCCUUCUUCUAAAUCAUCAUCAGAAGCAGAGGAUUUAGAUGACAGUGGAAGUGGUGAAAGAUCACAUUGCACGGAGCUCAAGGCAUCUAGAACUAACAAGUUUAAACCAUUAGCAGCAACUGGAUUUAAUGAUUCUGAUGAGACAAAGAUAGAGAAGAAACCUGAUCGUUCUUCAUGUGGCUCCAAUACACCUUCGAGCAGUGAAGUUGAAACAGAUACCAUACUGGAUGAGCAUGAGAAAGUCAACGAUGAAGCUAAACAAGCCUGUUUUGGUAAUCCUUCACCUGGACAGACUAACAAUCGCAGAUCUCGAAGCAAUGGGAGCAUUUCUGAGGAGGGUCGACUUGCCUUCCAAGCGCUCUUCAGUCGAGAAGUGCUGCCUCAAAGCUUUUCGCCUCCACAUACUGAAGAUACAAUGGCCAGAGAGAGAGAAGCUAUGACCUUGCCGGUCGAUCUUAACAAGGCAUGUGCAACAACGGAUCUCAAUCAUCUUCAUGGCUUUACAAAGGAGGCUUCAAACAGAAGCAAUGAUAACACUGGAAAUGAUUCUUUGACAAGUGAAAUUGGUCAGGGGAAGCUGAAGUCUCGUCGAACAGGAUUCAGGCCUUAUAAGAGGUGUUCAAUGGAAGCUAAGGAAAACAGGACAGCAGCUGUUGAAGAGACCGGUAACAAGAGGGUACGUCUUGAAGGGGAAGCUUCAACCUGAUAGCAUGGGUGCAAGAACUCGUGCAAGUCAGGUUGCUGCUUCUGGAAUGUAAGUUUAUUUUUACUACUUAUGGGACAUAAAGUAUGUCAUGGACCAUGGUUUCGAAACUUAUUUUACUGUAUCUUGUUGUAUUGAAAUAAUCACGCAGCCCCUUUGGAAGGUGAACUGCUUGUAACCUUGCCUUUUUUUUGCUUUGACUCUGCUUAAGUAUUUUGUUUGGCAUU